AUGAGCGGUCCGUUGCAGCCCACCGAUUUCAAUCUGCCCGCUGGACUGGCGCCGUCGACGGAUCCCUCGACUUCAUCAGCGACACAGCCUUCGAACGGUGAAGGAGCGGAACACGGCGACGAUGGCCAGUCGAGCGAGUCUGAGGGUGGCAAUGUGUCCGAAGGAGGCACGCGGGAACGCUUUGCGAACCUCAAGACGGACGAGCGACACUUUGAGGACGAGAAGGCGCGACUCGAGCGGAAUGCGAGGCUGGUGAUGGGGCCGCCGCUGGGCGAGGGGCAGGCUGGAGGACCGGCUCAGGACCAGGUCAUCGCAGGGGAGGAGCUCGCGCAAAACGAAGACGUUCUCGCCGACUUCGACGAUGACGCCCUCGACCUCGAGUUGACACACCUGCGGCUGAGAACGCUGCGUGGGCUGGGCAUCGAGCGCUUCCGCAAAGUGCAGCGCAUCUCGCUUCGCCAGAACCUCCUCACCUCGCUCUUCUACCACCCUCUUCCUCCUCCUACUGCGUCGGAAGGUCGCACUCUCGCGGAAAACGGCGCUGCGACGGGUGGAGACCGCGAUGCAGUCGACGAGGACCCGCACGAUGACCAGGACGCGGCGAAGAAGGAGGCCGACUUCCCUUACCACGAACAGCGACGAGCAGAAGAGGAGGAGCCAGUGUGGCCGUUGCGGGACCUGAAGGAGCUGGAGGAGCUUGACUUGUACGAUAACAGCCUGAAGAGCGUCAAGGGUCUCGAGGGACUGGACUCGCUGGAAUCCCUCGACCUCUCCUUCAACCUCCUCCGCUCGGUCGCACCUUUCGACGACGCCUCGCCCAACUCGCCUUAUGCCUUCCCUCGCCUUACCCACCUCUACCUCAUCCAGAACAAGCUCACCAAGAUCGAGGGCGUCAAGGACCGAACAAGCUUGACAUACCUCGAGUACGGCGGGAACAGGAUCCGGACGAUCGAGAACCUCCCGAUCUCGGCGAACCUGCGGUCGCUCUUCCUCGGCAAGAACAAGAUCACGAAGAUCGAGAACUUGGAGGGCUUGACCGGCUUGCGAACGCUGUCCAUCCAGAGCAACCGAUUGACGAAGAUCGAAGGUCUCGACGCGCUCACCGAGUUGGAGGAGCUCUACCUCUCGCACAAUGGCUUGACGAAGAUCGAAGGCUUGCGGAACCUGACCAAGCUCACGACGCUCGACGUCGGAAACAACAAGAUCGUCGAUGCGCCGGCGGAAGCGCUCGCGCCGUUGACCGAGCUGGAGGAGUUUUGGGCGAACAACAACGAGCUCCAUUCCAUCCCCUCUCUCCCGCCCUCCUCCCACCCGAACCUCUCGACGAUCUACCUCGAAGGCAAUCCGUUGCAGAAGGAGCUCGGCACGGCGUACAGGCGCAAGAUUAUGCUCGAGUGCCCCCAGGUCCAGCAGAUCGAUGCGACCUUCGUCAGGCAGGUGUAG